AUGAGUAACAUACGCGAUAUCACGUCGCUUUCAGACUUGUUGGCCACGUCUCCAAGCCAACCACUACAUGAACCAUCCAGCAAUAAGAGCCCAGCAUCCACUUUAAAUCUUGCAGCACUGAUAUUAGUGAAGAAGACAGCAGAAGACUCAACUCUGAACAAUGAUGCGGAAGAAGAGCUUGACGAAAGCGAAAUAGGAGAUCGUACUAUAGUAAGCGAUUCAACAGAAACACCACAAAAAGAUAAAGUACUAGCAGAAUCACAGUCCCAAUCGAUAUCUCGAAAUACUACAGAAAGUCAACUUCCACAACAAUUGACCCCAGAAAUUGUUAAUACUGAUAACAUAGAGACUCUGGAACAAAGCACAAGCGUUGAAUUAAGCAACGUAGAAAUUUUACUCCUGAAACAAAGUGAAAAGAUAUCUCUACAAGAUGAACUCAAGGACAAGGUGCGACAGUGUUCAGAUUUAAAGGCCACUGUGGAAGAUUUGAGAGCAAGAAUAAAGUACUUGAAAGAACAGAAACGUAGAAAGGACAACAAGCGCACUUUGGAAUUGUUGUUGGAAGAGAACAAUAAUGACUACAACGAAGGACGAGUUCAUCAGGAUGAAACUCAGACUAUGUUGAAUGAAGAAGAUGACGAAGAUUACAUUCUCAAAAACUUGAAUGUGCUCCCUUCUAAUGACUGGGGUGAAAGAUUGGACCAGAUCCGAAGAUUUGUUCCAUACCUUGAACUUGACAAUAUAGGCACAUCUAACUUCUAUAGUACCAGCAACGAAUUGCAGAGAGUCAUACAGUUUGUCUUAUUGUCUCCAUUAUUAUUCAAGAUUCCAUUCAAGCUAGUCAUUAACGCUAGAGAUGAGACCUUGACUGAAAUCAUUCUUCAAGAUUCAAGUGCGUCAAUAAUAGAAUCUCUGCCUCUAACUACUUUAAGCAUGUUGUCAACCUCGCUUAAACAUACAAUUGUCAGAAACUAUAUACCCAAGAAAAAGAUCAACUUAAUAGUGUUUGGUCUUAGCUCGCUCUCUAUGUUGAUACACAGAAGAAUAUCGACCUUCUACAAUCUUAUGCGUACCUUCUCGUCGAUAUUACGAGAUAGGAAGAAGUUUUCUUCAUUAUUACUGGAACAAGAAUUGCAGGAUAACAUCCAAUUGUUUGCCAUGUUGAAGUCGAUUGACAAUCUAGAGUUUCUAGUAGAGAAGAACAACAUUCAUUACGUUCUAAGGUUGACAUGGCAAGUCAAACUACAGAACAAAAUCACUGCAGAAUGUGCUACUGAUUUGCGUUUGCAUGUUUUUGUUAUCGAUGAUGCUCACGACGACGAAUUAGUUAAGAGUGCAGAUGCAUUAUUCACAAAAUUGAUUAAUGAAUACGGGUAG